CACUCUCAAGUGUCCCUAAAAUUGCCCAACCUCUGGAUUCCUGCGAUGCCGAAAUCUAUCCUCAAGGUGGCCGUGGCAUAAGAAUCGUCUGCAUAAUUGGUGAAGUUCCUUUCAGUAGCAAACAACUCUGUUGGCUUUUCAUCAGCUUAGCCAUCCAGUAUUUUAAUGUGAUUACAACUGAUUUUAUCCUAUAGAUUUAACAAGAAAAUUAUGAUGUUAGAUUAUAAUUUUAACUAUAGAUUUUGAUAAAGAAGAUUGGAUUUGAAAUAUGUUCUUUAUCUGCUAGGAAAGUUAAGAAAAUCGCAAAGGUGAAAGUCUGGAAUAUCGUCAAAAAUUGUGAUUAUAGGUAUAUUUUCAGCUCUUGGGCAUUUGGUGCGAAAUUGUUUUAAGUUGAACAUUCUCUGACUUUGAUUAAGGCAAAUUUUACCUUUAAAACACACCUUCAAAAGGAAUCGUUUUGCUAACGAAAUCGAAUAAGGUAAAAAGCGAUUAAAUUUUGCCUUCAACAAGUACAUUCUUUAUAUUUUCAUUUCAAGGAAAAUUAACAGACAAGUAGCAUUUUAUUAAAGAAAAAAGAAAUCAAAUUUGGUUAAUUUUCUUACAAUCAAGCGCAAACAUGCAGAAUAUCAGAUGCAAGCAUCUGAUUGCAGUAAUUUUUAUCUCGUUUGUCUUCAUCUUCUCAGGAGCAUUUGUGAUUAAAACGAAUUCUUCUUCCGUUAAUGCAAAUACCUUAUUUUUGGAUGGUUAUGAUCGAAAUAUUGAGGACUCUCUUUCGUUUCUGGAUGAUUUUGUGGUUGAAGAUGUUCUUGACUCGCCAUUGUUUGAUUCUGACUCCCCGCCUGAAGAAAGAAGAAUUUCUAAAAGAAGCUUAUCCAAUCCCUCAGUUCCACAGUACAUGUUGGAUAUAUACGAAAGGCUGUUGGAUAAACGACUUCAUAUAAAAUUCGAUACAGCAAGAAGUUUCCACAGUUCAAGCAAUUUGAAUAAUAUAAAGAGCUAUUCAAACGAACUAAAUGUUGCAAGUGACAAGGAAUACAAACUCCAUCACUUAUUAUUUAACGUGUCGCAUUUUCCCCAAUCAGAGAAAGCACUGUUUGCCCAUUUACGGAUACAGAUAAUGCCGAAAGCCAGCCUUAAAAUUUUGGAUUCUAAAGCCAUAGAAACAUAUUCAAUAUCAGAAGACUCACCUGUUUUAUUAUAUUCAAAAAUGGUCAAUCCUAGCAAAGAAUUUUUAUUCACCGUGGAUGUCACAAAUGUGUUUGAAAAAGCUUUGCAAUCAGAAGCAAAGCAAUUGCUGCUAGCAAUAUCCCUUCCAGAUGUAUUCCUCGAUCUGUUUGUGCUAGAUGAUGGAACUCCAGAAGGGCCACAGCUCCUCGUCCUGUCUAAAACAGUUGAAGCUAUUUCUGAAGACAAAAUUUUAACAAGAAUGAGAAGAUCGUUAGAAGGAAGAGCUCCUGAAUUAUCAUUAUCACAGGAGUCAGACGGUGGAAGGUGGAAGAGGAGCAACAGCGAGGACGAAGACGAGGAGGCGGAGGAGCAAAGCAAUUACAUCGUGGAGGAGCUGGGCAGAAUCCGCAAGGGGAAGCUCAAGAGGAAGAAGAACCCCUGCAGAAGGAAACCGAUGCACGUCAACUUUGCCGCCAUCAAUUACGAUCAGUGGAUUAUUGCGCCGCCCAGCUACGAGGCAUUUGAAUGUACAGGCAAAUGCUCCUUCCCUAUGAGUGCUCACCUGGCUCCUACAAAGCAUGCUAUCAUCCAAACCCUGAUGCACAGUUUGGAACCAAAACAAGUGUCAAGGGCUUGCUGUGUCCCCAUCAAACUAGCACCUAUAUCCAUCCUGUACGUGGAUGACGACGGCACUGUCACUUACAAAUACGACUACGAAGACAUGGUCGUCGCUGAGUGUGGAUGCAGAUGACAAUCUGUUCUAAAAGAUGUGUAGAUUGGAAUUAUAGAAAGUCAUUGUAGAAAUGAUUUUAUUAGUCAAAUUUUUUCUUAAGAGUUCUGUAUCAAGAACGCGGAAUCUAUUUAUUUUUACCGGCUUCUGAGUUUGAGUUUUUAGUUAAAUCUUUCAUCAAAGAUUCAAGAUCUGAUAAAGUGAAUGCUGUUUAUUUAAUAACUAUUUUUACAAUUAAUUUGUAGAUUUUUUUAAAAUUCCUCCUCUUUCCUAAUAAUGUGGCCAUGAAAUGUUGGAAAAUUCUAAUUUAAAAUCAGCAUGAGCUAUAUUUUCUCAAGAAAAUUUCAAUGAGUGUACCGCUCAUUUCUUUGUUCAGUUUGUAAAGACCUCGUUUCAUGCUUGAAGUACAACUUUCAAGAGCUGAGGAUGAAAUAUUGCUGUUAUAUAAAUAUUCCUUAAAAAUACUCAGAUUUUCUCAGAAUCAUAAAUUUGUUUCACUUUUCUAGUCGAAAUUAUAAAUAAAAGCAAUUUCUACAUUUU